UGAAUGUGUGUUGUGAUUUUUUUUUUAUUUGGUUUUUUGCGGUCUUCUUUUUUGUCCCCUAUUCCGCCGGACCGGAGAAACAUGCGGAUCGCAUAGCCAUUUCACCACGAUAGCGUAGUUUUUUUUUUACAACCGCACCGCAUCAUUAUUGUUCGUGCCAUCCAACAACGAUAAUAUUAAUACACAACGAUACCUGUAGUAGUUGUAGUAAUAAUAAUAGUUAUUAUUAUUAUUUGAUAUUAUCACGCCUGCCGCUGCAGCAGUGGUGUUUUCCUACCUCGUUGGCCGAGCGGUUCUCUCCCGACUCCCGAGUCUUGCUCUACAAUACAUCAUCACAAUCAUCGUCGUCGUCGUCAUCGUUAUUUGUUUCAUUAAUAUUAUUAUUACAGCAGUCCUCACGUCGUCGCAUAGCCAAUUGUUUCGCCGUGUAAACACUAAACAACCCAUAAACAGCAGUCUUAUCACCGUCGCCGUCGAUACCGUUUUUUAGCAGUCACCGUAAAUUGUAGUAGCACAUUAUUUGAUCACGCCCGGCUUCGUACACGAUAAACGACUAACAUGUCCGACGAUAAAGUAAUUGGUCACCGGCUCCAAAGUUUCAAGCACAGAGGCAAAACCGAAAUCGAAAGGCGAAGGAUUAGAAGUGAGGCAACUGUUGGGCUAAGAAAAAACAAACAAGAACAAGAGUUGAUGAAACGUAGAAAUGUCGGAGAAGUAGUGAAUGAUGAUAUAGACUUGGAAAAACCUUUAACUGAACAUGACCUACGCUCUUUGGUUGAAGAAGCUGGUAGUACUAUUCCAGAUGUACAACUUAAAGCGAUACAGUCUGCAAGAAAAUUGCUUUCAUCUGAUCGAAAUCCACCAAUAGAUGAGCUUAUAAACAGUGAAAUACUACCUAUCUUGGUCCGUUGCUUAGAUGAGCAUAAUAAUCCAACAUUACAGUUUGAAGCAGCGUGGGCUCUAACCAAUAUUGCAAGUGGUACAUCCAUGCAAACUCAAGCAGUUGUCUCAGCUGGAGCUGUUCCGUUGUUUUUAAAUUUAUUAAAUUCAUCUAAUCAGACAGUUUGUGAACAAGCAGUUUGGGCAUUAGGAAAUAUUAUUGGUGACGGUCCGCAACUACGUGACUAUGUUAUAAGUUUGAAUGUUGUGCCUAGAUUACUUCUCUUUAUCAAUCCGGCUAUACCAAUAACAUUUAUGCGGAAUGUCACAUGGGUUAUAGUGAAUUUGUGUCGAAACAAAGACCCACCACCAGCACAACAUGUUAUAGAUGAACUUCUCCCUGCUCUUAAUUAUUUGAUUAAUAAUAAAGAUAUUAAUAUUCUUGUUGAUACUGUUUGGGCUAUUAGCUAUUUGACAGAUGGAGGAAAUGAUCAAAUUCAAAGAGUUAUUGAUAGUGGUAUAGUGCCUAAUCUUAUACCACUAUUAUCACACAAAGAAGUGAAGGUACAAACUGCAGCCUUGCGUGCAAUAGGAAAUAUUGUUACAGGAACUGAUGAACAAACACAAAUAGUUCUUGAUGCUGGUGCACUAUGUCAUUUUCCUGCUUUACUCUCUCAUUCAAAAGAAAAAAUAUGCAAGGAAGCUGUUUGGUUUCUUUCAAAUGUUACCGCUGGAAAUCAAGUUCAAGUACAAGCUGUUAUAGAUGCUGGUCUUAUACCAAAAAUAAUAACACAUCUAUCAAAGAGUGAAUUCCAAACACAAAAAGAAGCAGCAUGGGCAAUUACUAAUUUAACUAUCAGUGGAAAUAGUCAACAAKUAGAUUGUGUUAUCAGUGCAGGUGUUGUUGCUCCCCUAUGUGCUUUGUUGUCGUGUCAAGAUAGUCAAGUUAUUCAAGUUGUUUUAGACGGUCUACAAAAUAUGCUUAAAAUUGCUGGUCCUGAUGUUGAUGCCUUAGCUAAUUUGAUUGAAGAAUGUGAAGGCCUUGAUAAAAUCGAACAACUUCAAAAUCAUGAAAGUGUUGAAAUUUAUAAAGUUGCAUUUGAUAUCAUCGAGAGAUAUUUCUCUGACGAAUCAGCUUCACCUACACAACCUCCAUCAUGCUUUGAAUUCAAUCCGGCUACUACAAACACUCAGUUUAAAUUUUAGUUUUUUUUUAACUAUUAUUAUUUUUUUUAUAAUAUUGAAUAAGCGCGACUACUUGGACGAUAAAAUAUUGUACUUGUGAUUUUUAAAAUCAUUCUCGUUGCUUUAUAUCCAAUUUUGAAUCAAUUCUUACUAAUUCAAUUUAAAAUUAUUUUUUCAUGUCCACUUUCAAAUUGAUACUGAAUCGAUUUGGUAAUUAAACCUUGGCCAAAACUGAAAGAAGAAGAAGGGAGAAAUUGAGCUAUUGGAAAUUAAAUGUUAAACAUAUUAUUGUGUAGCAAAUAUAUAAAAAUAUUUUUUCAAUUUUGUA